AUGUAUUGUGAUUCAAUUUCUGAUGGUUUGGUUGCUUUGGGUGUUUUUGAUGGAUCCCUAGGAAUAGUGUCUUUAGUUUUAACAAUAAUGUUGGAAGGAACACAAGAAAAAAUAUACACUAUCAUGUGUACAAUUACUGAAUUCUGGUGGAUUUGGUUGAUUGUUAGCAUAAUAUACAAGAAACUUUCAGUUGGUAUCAAUUUAAUUCAUUUAGGUGUUGUUUGUUCUGUUAAAGAAGUAUUAAUGUUACCAGAUUAUUAAUUCUCGAGAUAUGUUGCAGCAAUCCUAUCACUUUUACAAUUUACAAUGACAAUAUGUUUACUUAAUAGUGAUGAUAUUAAAAGAUUCACUGGAGAAAGUAAAUUAUUAUUAUAAAUUAUUUAGUGUUAGCAUUGGCUAUGCUAGUUCCAGUUUUCUGUUUUUUUAAAGGAAUAGCAUUGAUUUUUGUUCUUAUUUAAUAAAUUUUCUUAAUAUUUACAGGAAAAGAAAAAAAUCAUUAUUUUACAUUAAUCCAAGAUUAACAAUCAAAAAAAUAAGUGAUUUUUUUAGGAAUAGUAUUUUUAAUUAUGACAUCACUUUAUUACUUUUUAAAAUCAUUGUUUGUGUUUACAAUCUAUAAUAAUUUUGAUGAUUUAAAUACUAAAAUAUUCACUAUAAUGAUAAUUAUAUAAUCUCUUUUUUUAAUCAUUUUCAGUUCAUUUAUGACUUGUUAAUUGAUUACUAUUUUAAAACAAAUACCUGUAAAUGAAGAUCCACAUUUAAUAAACCCUAAUUAAAAAUGCUAUUAAAAUUGGUUCAUUUUGAUUAAAUCAAUAUAUUUUAGUGAUAAAAUGAAAUGGUUGAGAAGGAUUACUUAUUUUUUUUGGUGCAUAUAAUGUAUAUAUGGAUUGAUAUAAUUUCCAUUUUUCAAAAUAAUACAAAUUACUUAAUAAUAAUUAUAUACUUAAACCUCCUUUAUGUAUUUUGAUACUUUUUUACUAUAAGGUCUAAUAGUAACUUAAAUCAUUUUAUAGAUGGCUAAGAAGUUUCAUCAGAUAUAGGAUGAUGAAGAUCCAUUUUUAUUUAAUAUCAAAGUAUAAAAAAUUUUAGAAUAAUUAGUUUUCUAAUGAAGAUUCAUCUAAAGUUGAAAAGAAAUAAAAAAUUAUUGAUAAAUCUUAAUUACAAUGUGGAAUUUGUCUUGAAGAUUUGAAAGUAGGAUAAAUUAGACAAAAAUUAACUUGUCAUGAAACUCAUAUUUUUCAUCUUCUUUGUAUUUAAAAAUGGACUCAAACCUAAAAUAUUUGCCCUAUAUGCAGAACUCCCUGUGAUUGA